CAGGGUGUUGUGACUGUAGGCCCUGACGCCAUUUUGCUGAAGCCUCGCACGCUGCUUUUAAUCAUCAGUCUAAAGCUUGCCGUCUCCACAGUGACGCAACGCUCGGUUGUUGCGCUUCACCCAGGCCUCGCCCCUCCUCUGGAAGGUCAAAUUCGAAGCAAAGCUUGGCGCGCUGGUCACAUGACAAUGUCGGACCACGCCUCGUUCCCGGCGCCCCCUGAUGACGUCAAGCGUUCUCCCUCACGACUCAUUGUGGAAGAUGGCGGCCGUAGAGUGAGCGCGUUUUUCUCGCACAGUGAGUCCGGGAGCAGCAUGAAGCGGCAGAGCGAGCGAGGGGAGUCCAGCCCCGGCCGUGCUAAGCGGGCUCGGGAGCGGCGAGAGGAAACCGGCAGCGGACACCACAAGAGCUCGGGGAGGCGGGAGAGGCCCAACCAGGCCGGAGCCUCCUCGUCAUCUUCCUCCCGCCGGCCCCGCGACAACCCCCCUCCCCGGCCGCUGCUCCUUGCCAGUCAGGCCGAUGUUCCGGAGUACAAGACGCUGCUGAUAAGUAACCUGGGCUCGGCGCUGCCAGAGCCGCUGCUGGAGGACUGGCUCUUCCGACACUUCCAGCGCUUCGGAGACAUCAGCGUAAAGCUGUCCCACACCCCGGACCUGGGCCGGGUAGCCUACAUCAACUUCCGGCGGCCGGCUGAGGCCAGACAAGCCCGUCAUGCCAAGCUGCGGCCCCUGCUCUACGACCGACCGCUGCGGGUGGAACCCGUGUUCACACAGCAGCCCAGCCGACCCCUACCGCUCAGCAGCGCCGCCCUGCCGGCCCCACGACACCUUCUUCUGCCGCCAGCCCUGAGCUCCUCCAGCAGCACCUCAGCGGAAGCCUACUACCAGAGCCUGUAUGAGGACCGGGGCCGAGGGGCCUCCGCCACUGAUGACAACGAGCAGCUGGCCCCUGAGGAUGACCACCGUGCCACCCGCAACCUGUUCAUUGGUAACCUGGACCACAAUGUGUCUGAGGCUGACCUGCGCAGAGCCUUUGACACGUAUGGCCCCAUUGAGGAGGUGGUCAUCAAGCGUCCAUCCCGGGGUCUAGGAGCUGCCUACGCCUUUCUCAAGUUCCAGAAUCUAGACAUGGCGCAUCGGGCAAAGCUGGCAAUGAGUGGCCGCCUGCUGGGGAAAAAUGCCAUGAAAAUUGGAUAUGGCAAAGCCAACCCCAGCACUCGGCUCUGGGUGGGGGGUCUGGGCCCCAACACUUCCCUAGCUGCCCUCGCCCGAGAGUUUGAUCGCUUUGGGAGUAUUCGAACAGUUGACUAUGUGAAGGGCGACAGCUUUGCCUAUAUCCAGUAUGAGAGCUUGGAUGCUGCCCAGGCCGCCUGCACCCAGAUGAGAGGAUUCCCACUUGGGGACCGCCGGCUGCGUGUGGACUUUGCAAAAGUGACACCAGAGGAAGCUGCAGCUGCGGCAGCAUCCCGAUACGUGCCCAUCCAGCCCACCCCAUACCCUCUUCCUCUUUCAUAUGAACUGCUACAGUCUGAGGCCUACAGCCGCCACCGAGCAGCACUGGAACCUGAUCUACGGGUCAGAGACCGGACUCCUCCACACCUUCUUUACUCUGACCGUGAGAGGCCGUUUGUGGAAGCAGGUUGGCUGAACUCAGAGCGACGCAGUGCUGGCCAGGGUGCACGGAGCCGCAGUGGAGACCGGGGAGGAGGAAGCAGCAAUUCUAAAAGCAGAGAGGAGAGGCGUCGACGGAGAAGUUUGUCUGGUGACAGAGGGAGGAGCAGAAUAAAACGCAGUCCAGACCGUCCCAGGAGGGACUUGUCCGACCGAGAACCAAGCACCCCUCCGUCACCGCCCCACAACCAUCGUACCCCAGCACAGGAUAAGCCCCGACCCCCAACUCCUGAGCCACCACAGCCCAGGAGGAAUCACCACCCAAGACCCCCAGAACCCCCUGCAGAGCGACCAUCCUCACCAGUAGUGGAGAAAGGACGGACGCUGCCGCCUGUCUGGUGUGGUCAUCUGGUGCUGAAGAACAGCUGUUUUCCUACCUACCUUCACUUCUUGGAAGGUGAUCGUGAUGUGCCUGCUGCCCUUCUCAGAGACCGCACAGCCCCCGGAGCAGGUAGCCUGGCACAGCUCAAAAUUGCUCAGAGACUCCGGCUUGACCAGCCCAAACUGGAGGAGGUGACCCGUCGGGUAAGGCAAGGCACCGCAGGAGGUUAUGCUGUACUUGUUGCCAUCCAAGCCCCUCAGACUGAAGGGGUGAUCCUCGGGGAACCUGGAUUACAGCGACGCCUGCUCAGGAACUUGGUCUCCUACUUAAAGCAGAAGCAGGCAGCCGGGGUUAUCAGCCUUCCUGUGGGGGCAAGCAGCAAAGGCAGGGACCCCAGUGGCAUGCUCUACGCUUUCCCCCCCUGUGACUUUCACCAGCUGUACCAGCAGAAUGCCCAGCGAGUUGUGGGCAAACUAGAGGAGAACAUGAUUAUUCUACUGGUAAAAGACAAUGCCUGACCUAUCCCCAUGCAGGACCACUGCCCCCCUGUCCCCCUCUGUUACAAGGUUCAUGGUGGCUGCAUUAACACUUUAAAUGCUGGUGGUGUUCUAUGUGCAUGUCAUUGACACUGUCCGGUUCUCUUCCAGCAUUUCCAGGGUUAAGGCCGAGUAUCUGCUGUGUAUAUAUGGGUGGCGGGCAGAGCAGCCGUCACAUCAGGUCCAUGUUUUAUAUGAACUGAACUCUCCCAGUCGUUGCUGCUGGACAGAUGAUGAUGAUGAUGACUAUUUUUGUCAUUUUUAUCCUUGUUACUUUUACCCUGUCUAGUGUUUUCUGCUCCUUGGUUCUUCCCCUGGGCCCCUUACUGGUUGCUAUGUUUUCAGAUUGGGGGUGUGUGUAUAUUAGUUUCUUGAAGGGGGCUUAUACUGUUUUUAGGUUUGUGUGUUCUGGAGUCUUGAGUAGUGGGGGUCCCCUGAGUGCCUUAUUGUCAGUGUGUGUGUGUUGAGGGGGUGGGGAGCAGACAGUCCCCAGGGCGCUUAUUAGCUACUCGCAAUCUCCCUGUUUAUAACCAGUAAAAGCCUCCAGGGAUGGAGCUGCUUGUUAUCAUCUAAUGAGGCUUCAUAGGCAUUGCACCCUGAGACAGCACAGCCUGGGUACUUGUAGCUACGGUCACUAUUAACCCUGUCACUGCCAGGCAGUGUAGACCACUGUGCACCGAUCUGUAAAAUGGUCAGACUUCAGGCAAGGAAGGUCUUGUUAAUGUGCACCCCACACAGCCGUUACUAUGUCUUCUCGUUUUCUUCUUGCUGUCUUUUAGUAAAUUGGAGUUUGGCGCCUUUUGAGGUUUGAUUUGCUUAUUCAUGGUGUUAUAUAUGAUUUAUAUACCAUGUAGGUGUUUUCUAUGCUACUGAAUAAUAACACAAGAGUACAUACAAGGUCUUAGAUGGGGUUCAGUCUCUCGAGGACUGCAAUCAAAGCACCAGUAUAAAAGUAAAAGUCGGGAGACAAAGAUGGCGGUAAAACAUGACAGAUCAGGUGUCUGUGCACUGAUUAGUCUGUGUCACAUUUCAGGUGAAAACUGAUCUAGAAUAAGUCAUGCAAAUCCAGGCAAAGUAAUAGGAACAAAGGUGCCCAGACCCAGUUGUGUAUGUGGGUAAUGCAUUCAGGAUAAUAUCACCACAGAUCAUUUCUGCCAUUUCAUGAUAUUUAUCAAUGAUUUUCCAUGGUCGUCUUCUCCCUUCGUCCAAGCUUAUGCAGGGAGGGAAUACCAACCCUCUGAGUUAGUAGAGGAAACAUGAUUCCUUUUGGUUUGUUAAAGUGGUACUCCAAGAUUAUACAACUCUUAGAGGGAUUGUCCAGUUGAGACCCCGUUAGGACAUUCUAAAGAAAUAUCAGAUGGCCCAAUUGGGAUCCUCACUAUUAGGGGAGCAACAUUAAGGCUAGGUUCACACUGCUGAAUUUCUGGGCAGAAUUUCUGCCUGAGAUCGAGCAGGUGCCACUAGGACCAUUCAGACUACGUUGCUGUCCCAGUAGAUAGCAAUGCAUUUCUGAGCAGAUCUCCCUAAAGAUCCACCCACAAAUGCAUUGCAGUCUAUGGGGGCAGCAAUGCUCUCUGCUCAGUCCUAGCGCCGCUGGCUCAAUCUUUGGCAGAAAUUCUGCAGUGUGAACCUAGCCUAAGGGACUAACUGAACACUGAUUUCAGGGGGUACAUUGUUACCUUGCACUUCCAGCAGAAUUAAGUGUUUAGGCUGUGUUUUUAGUAUUUUCACUGACCUAUCCCAUCAAUACAAAGCAGACAUGAACAAUCAAUCCUAUUGCAGUCCUUCAGGUCAGCAGCCAGAAUAUACACACACGCUCAUAUUUGUCGGUCUGCCUGAAAACAAAACGGUCUGGUUUUGCCCAUUACUACCAAUCACAGCUCAGCUUUCAUUUUACCAGAGCUGGUUAAUAUGAAAGGUGAGCUGUGAUUGGUUGUUAGGGACAACACCAGAAAGUUGGUUUUUAGGCAGGUUGAUAAAUCUGGGCCAAAAUGUAUUUGUAUUGUUCCAGGACUCAUGUAAAUAUACAGUGGUGAGCUGUUUAAACUUCCUAUUUUAGGGGUUUAGAUGUCCUUUUCCUGUAUUACAUCAUGUAUUAUUGAUCUGGGGAUAUCGCAAGAGUGGUGUCUGUUCCACCUACACUCUCAUUCUUCUGUUAUCUCAUGAAUCUUCUCAGUUAUCACUUUUACAUUACCCCUGGCAUCAACAACACUACUGGUCCCAUGAUACUCUUAUCUUUCCGGGUGUUCACCAGGCAUAGUAUGAGCAAUUCUUUGGAUUAGGAUUCUUUUUUUUUUUUGAGUGGCUGGAUGGGUCUUGAAUGUGUUUAGUAAAACUCCCAGAAUGCACAAGUUUCUUGUGUUUAUUUCAGUGACUUAUCUGCUGAGGGCAGUGUUACAUGGUGGACUUUGAAGUGGGGAGGGGGACUUAGCCGAGUGGCUAGGGUAAUUUAAAGAAAUUUUAGGGGCUACAGGGAUGACUUCACAAAUCCUAUCCAUAAAAAGCAGUAUGCGUACUAGUCUCAAUUCCUGUUAACCCUAAAAAUAAAAAACCCUUCUCAAUUCUUAAAACAUCUAUAUACACAUAUACGCUCUAUAGACCUAUGUACAGGGGACUCCCAUAUUUUUCUGGGUAUCAGAAGGUGAAAUGAGUCACUUUAAUAUUUAUGUUGCUUAUUGUGGCCACUAUUCUGAUUUCAGUGUCAGCCACGUGACCCUGCCCUUAGUUUUAAUUUUUGAAGGGUCUGGUUUUCCGGUGAGUGUGAAACUAUUAACUCCCAUCUGGAAACAGUAUGCAGAAUACCAGAAUAGAAAGUAUGGGAAAUAAAUGCUGCUGCACUGAAUCAUGGAGACGGCCUCUUGUCUGUUCAAAUGUGUUACACCCUUCAUAGUGGCUUCUGCCAUGUGACCUAUCUCUGCAGUUUAACGUCUGGAGUUAUCUGCUCCCUGAGGGCCUAGUCACAGCUGAGCUGCCCCUAGAGGAGAUCUAUAUAUAAUUAUGUAGGCAUGUCCAAAACCAGUGACGUGUUUCCAUCAUUACUAUUAUCUGUGAUUUCUUACCUUUUAAACCACAUAGCAUCCCUUAACUGGUUUUCUUCUUCUAUUGGACCCAUAUUUCAUUCUGCUAAAGGUGAAUACUUUUUCUCUUUUUUUUCCUUCAAGUAUCAUCUUUAAGGCAGCCAUGCAACUGUUCAUGAUCUGUAGUACAAAACUGAGAUCCAAUAUCUGCAUAAAACUGGUACAGUAUCAAGUCAUUGGGUCUGUGCCUUGUUCUUAUCAUGUGCUACCAAUUGUACAAAAGAAAAAGUUGGAUUUCUGUUCGGUACUACAGAGUAGUUAUGGGAUUAAGGCUUUGUUCACAUGCAGCAGUAAUGUGCCAUGUGUCCAUUCACUGCACAGCAGAUCAACCUCCAUUUUACAAUUUUUUAUUUUUUUUUUGGCAUUGUGAUUUUAGCCAUGUGGCUUUAACAGGUGAAACAUGUUAGUGUUUCACAUUUAUAAAUUAAGGAAGCAAAACUUUCAAUUCACUGUAAAAUGUGGACGGAGUGAAUGUGGCACACUUGCUUUGUGUGAGCCCAACCAAUCAGCGUCACCUGCACUAACCUGUCGGUACAGACAGGUAGUGCAGGUAACACUAAUGACAACAGUACUUGUUCCGUGCUGUGGUUCUCCGGCAAUCCUCUGGUAGCUUCAGCUCCAGGCCCGACUUGGAGCAUGGGCGGAGCUUAGUGACCUCACUGCUGCUGUUUGCUAGCAGCGGGAUCCAGCAGAGAACAGCAGUGGUGAUGUCGCUAAGCUCCGCCCAUGCUCCAAGUCGGGCCUGGAGCUGAAGAUACCAGAGGAUUGCUAGAGAACCACAGCACGGAAUGGGACAAGUGAAGUACCAUUGUCUGUAUCGACAGGUUAGUGCAGGUGACACUGAUGACAGAUUUCCUUUAAUAAGAGGAACAGUGGCAAAGCAAAAAAUAUAUAGUUUAUGGUGCACGGAUCACACACCUUUUUUUCAUUUUGACAUUUUCUCCCAUUCUUGAGAUAUGUAGGUUUAUAUUAGGGAAUUGUCAGUUAAACAUGAACUUAAUUUUAAUGAUGGGAAUGAUGGUUUGGAUUAAUCAGCCCGGGGGGGAGGGGUUGGGUGUAUUAGGCAUAGCAGCUCCUCAAUGUAACACAUUCACACCCUCGCACUGUAUAAUUCAGACCAUCACCUGAUUCAGUCCCAUUUAGAUGAAGUUCUCGCCCAUCUUUCAGACUUACUAUAUACCCACAUAUCUCAGAAACGGGAGGUCACAUCAAGACACUAAAAAGGUUUAGAAUUAGAGUACCUUAAGCUAUUUAAUAAUGUAAUUUAUGGGGAUUGACCACAGGUCCUCUUUAAAAUGUUACCUAUAAAUGGAUCUAUAUUUACUUACAAUAAAAUAUUGAUUUAAACCCUGGUGUAACACUGGCAGGUUGGGUCCAGAGACAGCCAUAUUAAAGCGUUACUGCCAUUUAAAAAAUAACCUUUUGACAUGUCACUCGGUGUGCUUCUCUUCCUGGCUCUGCUCUCAAUCCAUUUCAUUGCAGCAGGUGAGCUCCCUCCAUAGACGUAUAAUGGAGCCAGACUCCUUCAAUGAGUUGGGUUAAGCCCUGCCAUAUGUUCCUCAUGCCUAUAUCUAGAGAUUGGUUGGGAGGUCUCGACCCUGACCAAACAUUUUGUGUUUUGUUUUUUUACAAUAAUGCUUUGAAGAGGUACUCCAGUGGAAAAAAACUUUUCAAAUCAACUGGUGCCAGAAAGUUAAACAGAUUUGUAAAUGACUUCUAUUUAAAAAUCCUAAUACUUCCAGUACUUAUCAGCUGCUGUAUGCGCCACAGGAAUGUUUUUUUCUUAUUUUAAUUUAUUUUCCGUCUGACCACAGUGCUCUGACACCUCUGUCCAUGUCAGGAACUGCCCAGAGCAGAAACAAAUCCCUAUAGCAAACCUCUCCUGAUCUAGACCGUUCUGGACAUGGAAAGAGGUGUCAGCAGGGAGCACUGUGGUCAGACAGAAAAUAAAUAUAAAUAUAAAAAUUCCUGUGGAGCAUACAGCAGCUAAGUACUGGCAGUAUUAAGAUUUUUAAAUAGAAGUGAUUUACAAAUCUGUUAAACUUUCUAGCACAAGUGGAGUUAAAAAAAAAAUUGCAUUGGUUAUUUUAAACACAUUUCAAGGGGCACAGCAUUAUGUCUUUGCCUCUUUCCCAUGGAGCAGCUAUGAACAGGAUGAGAUCAGUUUACCAUCAUCUAAGUGGCGGCUGCUGCUGGUUCAGAACCUUUGUAUUAUACCAAUUGAUGCCCAGUGCCAUGUUACCCAUUACACCCCCACCCACCUUGUCAUUUUGUACAGAGUUUAAACAUUUCUAAUGAAUACGGGUUUACCUUCCGUAGACUUGAUAGAGGCAGCUGAUGCUGGUAUUUGAUAGGGGUGACCUUUGCACAUAGGACCCAAACACCCACAGCCCCUGUGAAUUUACACCUUGUUUGUUUAUUUUUACCCCUGCAGUUCUCCAAGGCAGCAAUGUGUUAAAUGCAGCCAGUGUCCCGCUCGUAUGUGUGUAACAGCCACUAUUGAUCUUGUCCAGUAGCACGGAGCAGGGUGAGGCACGUACCACCUCCUCUUCCAGUACUGAUCUAUUAUUCUGUGAUUCCCAUGUAGAGUGUUGCAGACUAUAGUGUACCAGGCCUGUUUGUAUUGAGCACUUACUCGUAUAGAGCAGAUGCCUCAGAAUAUAUUAAAUGCUCCUCUCCAAUGUGUCGUGUGUGUAUGUUCAUCAAGCGCAGCGCCGGGAAAGAGGUCACUUGACCCGAUCAUCUCAUCACUUGUCAGCAACUGGCGUCACAAGUUAUUGUAGCAUCAGACAUGAAGAUGAACCGAUUAUUUGCAUGACAGCUGGCACAGUGCCUUCAUCUCCAGUAGAAUCCAGUGCUUAACUGAAGAGCGAGAAAUUUUC